GGUGGGAUCUCAUGACGUUACCAGCUCCGCCUACUGAUGUAUAGGCGCGCAACGAUCCCAAGCCGCAGCUUUGAAGCCUAAAGCACGGAACUCGCCAGCCCUUACCCAACAAAGCUUAACUCUCAGCCUCACCAAACUGGACCCAGUAUUCUCCACUCCCUGGGCUUGCAAUACCUUUCAGAUCCUAGCACCCUUUUAAAUUCCACUAGAAUGCCGUGGCAAUCACUUCGCAGAUUUGGUCAAAAGCUGGUACGCAGACGUGCACUGGAGCCAGGCAUGGUUGAGACUCGCCUUACCAGAUGCCUGAACACCCUGGAUUUAGUAGCCCUGGGUGUGGGCAGCACUUUGGGUGCAGGUGUGUACGUCCUGGCUGGUGAGGUGGCCAGAGAUAAAGCAGGACCAUCCAUUGUGAUCUCUUUUAUGGUGGCUGCCUUAUCUUCUGUGCUGGCUGGGCUGUGCUAUGCAGAGUUUGGUGCCCGAGUUCCUUGUGCUGGUUCUGCAUAUCUCUACAGCUAUGUCACGGUGGGGGAACUCUGGGCCUUCACCACAGGCUGGAACCUCAUCCUCUCCUAUGUUAUCGGUACAGCCAGUGUGGCCCGUGCCUGGAGUUCUGCUUUUGACAACCUGAUUGGGAACCACAUUUCCCAGACCCUGCAGAGGAGUAUCUCACUGCAUGUGCCUCACAUCCUUGCAGAUUAUCCAGAUUUCUUUGCUAUGGGCCUUGUGUUGCUACUUACUGGAUUGCUGGCUCUGGGAGCUAGUGAGUCAGCCCUAGUUACCAAAGUGUUCACAGGGGUGAAUCUUUUGGUUCUUGGCUUUGUCAUCAUCUCUGGCUUCAUUAAGGGGAAGCUGCAUAACUGGAAGCUCACUGAAGAAGACUAUGAAUUGGCCAUGCCUGGACCCAAUGGCACUUAUAGCUUGGGUCCUCUGGGAUCUGGAGGAUUUGUGCCUUUCGGCUUCGAGGGGAUUCUCCGUGGAGCAGCUACCUGUUUCUAUGCAUUUGUUGGCUUUGACUGUAUUGCUACCACAGGCGAUGAGGCCCAGAAUCCCCAGCGUUCCAUCCCUAUGAGCAUUGUGAUCUCACUGUUUGUCUGCUUUUUGGCAUAUUUUGGUGUAUCCUCUGCACUCACACUAAUGAUGCCUUACUACCAGCUUCAACCUGAGAGCCCUUUGCCUGAGGCAUUUUUUCAUAUUGGAUGGGCCCCUGCCCGCUAUGUUGUGGCUGUUGGUUCACUCUGCGCUCUUUCUACUAGCCUCUUGGGCUCCAUGUUCCCCAUGCCUCGAGUGAUCUACGCAAUGGCGGACGAUGGCCUCCUGUUCCAUGUUCUUGCUCGGAUCCACACUAGCACACACACACCCAUGGUGGCCACUCUGGUCUCUGGAGUUAUUGCAGCAUUCAUGGCAUUUCUCUUUGAAUUGACUGACCUUGUGGACCUCAUGUCAAUUGGGACCCUGCUUGCUUACUCCCUGGUGGCUAUUUGUGUUCUCAUCCUGAGGUAUCAGCCUGACCAGGAGAUAAAGAAUAGGGAAGAUGAAGCGGAGUUGCAGGGGGAGAAGAUGCCUGAAGCAAAGAAGUUGACUCUACAGGGAGUGUUUUGCUCAUUUAACUCUAUACCCACUGCAUUCUCUGGUCAAGUUGUUUAUAUUUGUUCCACACUACUUGCUCUCCUGAUGAAUAUCCUAUGUCUGGUGCUGGCUCAGAGGCCAAUUCCACUGCUUUCUGGAGACCCAGUGUGGAUUGCAGUGGUUGUGCUGCUCCUGAUGCUCAUUACUGGUAUCACUUGGGUCAUCUGGAGACAGCCACAGAGCUCUACUUCUCUUCACUUCAAGGUUCCUGCUUUACCUCUUCUCCCACUAGUGAGCAUCUUUGUGAACAUUUACCUUAUGAUGCAGAUGACAGCUGGCACCUGGACCCGAUUUGGAGUCUGGAUGCUGAUUGGGUUUGCUAUCUACUUUGGUUAUGGGAUCCGGCACAGCAUGGAAGAGGUUAAGAGUGACCAGUCAAAGCCUGUAGACCUUGAUCUCAGCAGUUCCUGUGCUCACUCAAUUUGACAUCAUCACAUCGCGAUGCCAUCUGGUCCUUCUGCAUAGUAAUGCAUUUCCUGACCCCAGUCUAGGUCUCCAUGGGAUAUUGAUGCGGGACAUUAACAGAGCUCUGUAUUUAUUGGAGUGAAGGAUCUGUCUUUGCUGCUUUUUGUCUACUUUUUGCUUGUCUAUUUUGUAAACUGACUUUCUGAUUGUGUCUAUAAUUUCUUAUUGGCGUUAAAAUUAUUAUUAAAAUAAAGUAAAGUAGAAACUGUG